AUGUGCUACUUAUGCAAUUGUUUGGCGUGGAGUGUGGAUGUCGUUCAAAGGGCGAUCACGUUCUGCCUCCUAGCCUUCCUGAUCUGCAUCAUGUGCAUCGGUUUCAGUAUCUGCAUUAUUGCCGGAAUCGCGUACGGAUACAACUACUCGAUGGCAGAAUUCAUCACAUUCACUAGAUCUGACGUCACCGUGUACAUGCGCCGCGGUCAAAUGAAUGAUCGCCCGGACUUAGCGGAAUUCGGUGUAAGAAGAAUGAGUGGUGCAUCUGAUGCAUUCUCAAACAUAAGCGCUGAUUAUCAGGAACCAGUUCCUUCGACUGGCGACAAGCAACCUCUUUCUGAGACACUUGUUAAAUCGUUGGAUACCAGAAAAUACGCUGAACGGCUCACGAAGUUCUCCAAAACUCAGAGUUCAAAAAGUCAAGACAUUGAGGAACAGCAAUCCACGGAGCUCUCAGUGAGCUACUUUAGGUUCACUACACCACCGGUGCAUCGGAUUUCGAUUGUUCCCAAUUCAGCGAUGCAGACAACGGUGCUGCAGAGUGGGAGCUCCGAAAUAAUCAUGAGGAAGUUCCCGCCUGUGAAAGAUGUAUCCGCCGAUGUGACGAAAAAGGACCCGGAUGAUUACUUCUAUAAAAUAGAUGUGGAAGAAAAGGACAAGAUCAAAUCGAAAAUGAAAAUCAACCGAGUUGACGAAUCUGGCGAGAUACCCGAUGAGGAUGUGAAGAAUCUAGGCCGUAUUCCCACAAGGCAUCCAAUCCCCAUGCGACACUUCGAAGGUACUACAGCAGAUAUGGAUGAUGAUAAUGCGGCCUACAGACCUAUU